AUGGCGAUUGCUUGCCAGCAUCUGCGCAUCGCAUCCGCUGUGCUAUUCUUGCAGAUCGGCUGGCGCUGCGCCCACGAUGCUUGCCAAGCGGCCGCGCAGUCUUUCAGCUACUUCACCGUGCUCGGCUACGGGGGUCUCGCCUUCUCCUUCGCGUUUGCGGCGGCUCACACGGCAAGCUCUCGCUGGAAAGGGCGCCCGUGGCUUCUGGACGGGCCUUCCUCGACGCGCUGGCUGCACAGUGUCUUCUGUGCGAGCGUGACUGUCUUUCCUUUCGUCGUUACUGUCAUCAGCGCAGCGACUAUCCGGGGUUGCGUCAGUCCGCUUCACCCCUCGCCCCAGCGAUCAGCGGGCGUGAACACCACAAGGCGUGCAGCCAGACUACCCGCACCUCCGCUGAACUUCAGCCCGGAAUACGCGUUACUCUCUCCGCACUUCGGCCAGAGUUCGCAGAAGCUCACUAGUUUCGAACCUACCGCCCAAGCCGCCGCAGCCAUUCCCACCCCCACACAGGUCCAGAGCUUCUUUGCUCGCCGCCAGAACGGCCCUGCCGCUAGGUUCAACGCUGUUAGCGGACCUGCUCACACUCAGGCAAUCUCUGAAGCGGCUCCGGUGCCUCCGGACCAUGAGACCCUCGAGGCAUUGAUGGAUGGAGCCCUCAAGCGCCUGGCACGCGACGCAUCUGAGAUCGAGUACCACAAGAUCACUCCUCCUGGUGGCGACGAUGUGGACACUAUCGAUGAGUCAAUGCUCAAGACUAUAGCGCAGACAAUCUAG